AUGACUACUUCCUCAGCUCAAAUGGAAAUGCCAGAUUUAUCUAAUGCCAUUGUAGCACAAGAUGAAAUGGGCAGGCCUUUCAUUAUUGUUAAAGACCAAGGUAACAAGAAAAGACAACACGGGAUAGAAGCCAAGAAGUCUCAUAUCCUCGCUGCUAGAUCCAUUGCCUCUAUCAUCAAAACCUCCCUGGGACCUCGUGGGCUGGACAAGAUUUUGAUCUCUCCCGAUGGUGAUAUCACAAUCACCAACGACGGUGCCACAAUCCUUUCUCAGAUCCAACUGGACAACGAAAUCGCUAAAUUAUUGGUCCAGUUGUCAAAGGCUCAAGAUGACGAAAUCGGUGACGGUACCACCGGUGUAGUGGUUCUGGCCAGUGCUCUGUUGGACCAAUCUUUAGAACUGAUCGAAAAGGGGAUUCAUCCAAUCAAGAUAGCCAACGGGUUUGACGAGGCAUCGAAAUUGGCUGUCCAAAAGUUGGAAGCCACCGCCGAUGCCAUCGUCACUGAUAGUCAGUUGGACGACCUCCUAUUUAAAGCUGCAAGAACUUCCUUAGGGUCCAAAAUUGUGUCUAAAGAACACGACAAGUUCGCUCAAAUGGCCGUGAAUGCAAUCAAAUCUGUCAUGGAUAAGGAAAGAAAGGAUGUGGAUUUCGAUUUGAUUCGUUUGCAAGGUAGAGUCGGUGGCUCUUUAAAGGAUUCCAUGUUGAUCAAUGGUGUUAUCUUAGAUAAAGACUUCUCUCAUCCACAGAUGCCAAAAUGUUUGGAUGCACAACAACUCGGCAAAGAAGACAUUAAGUUGGCCAUCCUCACAUGUCCUUUCGAACCACCAAAACCAAAGACUAAACAUAAGCUAGAUAUCUCCACAGUCGAGGAAUAUGAAAAAUUACAAAACUAUGAACAAGAAAAAUUUAAAGAAAUGAUUCAGUAUGUCAAGGACUCAGGGGCAGAUGUAGUCAUUUGUCAAUGGGGGUUUGAUGAUGAAGCUAACCAUCUACUUUUACAAAAUGAGUUGCCCGCUGUUAGAUGGGUGGGUGGCCAAGAACUGGAACAAAUAGCUAUUGCCACUAACGGCCGCAUUGUUCCAAGAUUCCAGGAUCUAUCAGCUAAUAAAUUAGGUAGAUGUUCCAAGAUAUACGAAAUGGAGUUUGGGACCACUAAGGACCGCAUGCUAGUCAUCGAACAACCAGACACAAAACACACAAAGACUGUGACAUGCUUCAUUCGUGGUUCAAAUAAAAUGAUUGUGGAUGAGGCCCAACGUGCGUUACACGAUUCAUUAUGUGUGGUACGUAAUCUAGUUAAAGAUUCUCGUAUUGUUUAUGGUGGUGGUGCUGCUGAAGUAGCUAUGUCACUUGCCGUCUCCGAAGAGGCAGAUAAGCAGUCAGGCAUUGACCAAUAUGCAUUCCGUGCCUUUGCACAAGCUUUAGAUACUAUACCAAUGACCUUAGCUGAAAAUUCAGGGCUUGAUCCAAUUGAGACUUUAUCCUUAUUAAAGAGUAAGCAAAUAAAAGAAAAUGCAGCUAAUAUUGGUGUGGAUUGUCUUGGGAAAGGUACUAAUGACAUGAAGGAACUAUUUGUUGUCGAUCCAUUGAUUGGUAAGAAACAACAAAUUCUUUUAGCUACUCAACUUUGUAGAAUGAUUUUAAAGAUCGAUGAUGUUAUUAUCAGUGGUAAGGAUGAAUAUUAA